ACGUUCGGGAGCGCUUCUACUUCACUUACUUAACUGUGAUGAUACGCUUCUGCAGUCAUCAACUGCUCAAGCAUUGCGUAAAACCUGUUCUGAACUUCACUUUAGCAAAGUUUGUUUUUUCAUUUUAAAUAACUUUUCAUAGCCUUCGCUUCGAGGAUGUAACACAAGAGAUUGGCCACUUCGUCAUCCUAUUCUGGAAUCUUUAAUUUUUGAACUGGAAAUUUGAAAAUAACGUAAUACUGCAAAUCAAAAUGAAAAGAGGAAAAUCCUUUCUUAAAUUUUUAACUUUCACAUUUGCGUCUAUAUUGAAUGUACAUUCCCUCGACUACAGUGAUUUAGAAGCCAUCGGCGUAGCCUGCAGGAACCAUGACAGUUGCACUUCGCCGACUAGACACACAUCAUUUAACGAAACAAAUUGCGAAUGUGAUCGCUCAUGUUCGAUAUUUAAUGACUGUUGCAUUGACUCUACUUACCGGUCAUCAACCAGAGGCUCCAGCUCUCAGUGGAGUCGAUGGACUUGCAUGCCUUUUGGAAAUGAGCCCAAUACGGGAGUUUACGUCGUGAACAAGUGUUCUCGCGAUUAUUCUGGAAGCCAGGAAGUACAGCGCAAAUGUCAGAGUGACGAUGACAUCAGUGACCCUCUGUUGUCCGUCCCUGUGACAGACGCAUCUCUACACGUAACUUACAAGAACAGAUAUUGCGCGGAAUGCAACCUUGUUUCCUCAUCUAGCCUCACAUCGUGGUUGAUUUUGCUUAACUGUGAAAGUCUCGAAUAUAUCUCAGAAGCCACCGACAAUUACAUAUGGAGCAACCUCAAGUACAGGUCCGACUUAAAUGAAUGGGGGGUGGAACUCAACAAUGACACUGAGCAAUUUCAUUCAUGUAAACUGAUUUUUGAUAUGCCUUCCUACGUCAGGAAUGACGUCAGAUUAUGCCGAGCAAAUAUAGUGUCCACCUGCCCCCCCAGCUGGAGGCGACUUCCAGUGAAAAGAGCUUGCGAGUCGUAUUUGGCGAUGGUCUACAAGACUGGAGAUGAUGAUGAAGCUUUCAGGAAUCCACAUUGCGCGCUCUGCAACGGUAUAAGUGUGGACGCUCUAUUUUGUGAUAAAGGAAUUUCAGGCAAGGGGAGGAGGCCACUAUCUUUCGCCCUUUUACUGGACAUUAACCAAAGCGAUGGAGACCAGGUGGGGGUAUCCAGACAGCCAGUACCUUCUUGCUCGUCUGGACAGAAAUAUGAUCCAUUUUUCAAGAAGUGCCGGCCGCUUGUAUGUGCUUUGCCAGGGUACUCCAUGGUAAAUGGAAGGUGCGUGAGAGGUUAGGGUGCAUAUAAAGGUUAAAAUGUAACGCACUCUCUCCUUUUCGAAACUUCCAAGUGUUUUUAAUGCUGCUAUCAAACUAUGUGCCAAUGUCCAUUUCUAAAUACACGUUGGAGCUAUUUUAGUCAAGUUGAACUUGUGCUACUGAUAUAUUUUAAAUGAAAUACUUAUGGAACAACUUUUCCUUGUAUAUAUCUUCAGAUUAUCCAGUUACAUUUUUUAGCAUUAAGGAUUCCCUGUUUUUGUAAAAAUGAUUUUAAUUUAGGGAAAAGCUUCAGUAAUAAAUUGAAAUUUUUGUUAAGCAUUUUACUCAUUUCAGAGAUAAUUGGAUUCAUUAAUUAUUAAUACUAGUUUAUAUUUAGAAUUAUAAACAUAAAAUGUUUUUUCAACA